CUACAAAUCACAAGACACGUUUCUUUUGGAACUUUUUCCAAUACUCAAGCGUUGACGUGCUAUUACGUCACGAAGUGACGAAAAAUGUGACGGCCCCUCCUAUGCGAGUCGCGCUGACUCCCGUCCCACCGCUUCUCCAGAAAUGACCUCUCACUCACUCUCGCCAUAUUUUCUCUCACUCACUUUUUUUACUUCCUCAUUCGUUCACUACUAUAAUUUUAUUUCUUGUAAAAUGGACAGCAUUAAUUUUUUAUCAGUUGCCAAUGCUCUCGUUAAAAUUAUUAAAAAUACAUAUUCAUAUGACGAAACACCACCUAAUAUUGAAGAGGAAGAAUUGGCACAAUUACUGCUUGAAAAAUUACACGACAUAACUCACGAAUUUAUAUUCAUCGAUGAAAAUGAAAAUGGCGACGGACCAAGUGAGGACGAUACGUUCCAACCAUAUACUGACCAAGAAGGAAAUUAUAUACUACCAUCUGAAGUUUCAAUGGAAUAUAAAAAACGGGCAGUUGAAGAAUUUGAAAGACAUCCGGGGUGGAAAUUCUUGACAUUCCAACAAAAUUUCAGCAAAGUACGUCAACCCAACUAUAUAAACCGAUGGAAAAAGCAAAUUGAGAUGGGUGGGACGAAAUACGAAUUAUUCAUAGAAAUCGAAAACUAUGUUUAUCAACAAUUUAAGUUAUGUAGGGAACAAUAUCUCCCUGUUCACGAUAUGGAUUUGAAGAAGUGGGCGAUACUCAAAGCGUCAGAAUUUAACGGAUUAAUGUUUAAGGCGUCUCAUUCGUGGCUUAACACAUUCAAGCGACGUAACAGAAUUGUUUCACGAAAAAUUCAAAAACUUGUGAGCUUCCGUGCUGUAAAGGAAGUUGAGGACAUACAACAGGAUGCUGAAGAUUUCCGUGCGCAGAUUGUUCCACUACUCAAGAACUUUGCAUACAACAAAAUAUUUAAUACAGACCAAACAGGCUUCCGAUAUGAAAUGGUAUCAGCUAGAACACUAUCGACACAAGGGGAGAGAUAUACAUUUGGUUCUUGUUCGUCGCCAAAAAACAAAUGCACCCACAGUUACACAGUUCAAUAUGUUAUAACAUAUGCCGGAGAUAUCCUUGACCCUGUAUUCAUAUGUCUGCAAGAAAACGAUGGCACAUUUGGACCAAGAGUGCUGGAUACGAUGUUUAUUGCUCCAAAUAUUUAUGUGACCUGCACAAAAUCUGGGAAACUGAAUCGAAGUAAGGUGGAAGAAUUUCUGGAUGAAAUAAUCGUCAAUAAUCGGAAUGGAAAUUUACUUUAUGUAGAUAUGUGGACAGGCCAAACAGACAGAAGACUUUACACAUCUCGAUGCACCGAUGAUCUUAAUAUGGAUGUCAGAUUUAUUCCCGAACACUGUACCGAUGUUUGCCAACCGCUAGAUACCUAUUUCCACCGACAGCUGAAGUACUUGGCCAGACAGUUUUAUUCUUUUGAAAGCGUGCACGCUAAAACUCCAACACCACAACUUCUGACUAGAGACGGCUUGUUGAAAAUGCAAUCUCUUGUACAUUAUUUAUUAUCGGCCCCCGUAUUUCGAAAUAUGAUCAAGUACUGUUGGUUUUCGAGUGGGAUCUGGGACGGAGAAGAUAGACCAGUUUUUCGCAAUGUUAAGGAAGUGUGCUUCAACUUUCAUAAUGAUAUGAAAUGUUCUUCAAAUGAUUCUGGACCCUACACCUAA